CGAUGCUUUCAUUUCGUGGACAACUUAGAAUGCUGUGCGCUCCAACAAUGGCUAGAAUGCUAAAACACAUACUGCCAAGACGCCUAAAUCGCAUCGGAUUCUUCCGUUACGCAUCCUGCGAGGCUAAUAAGCAAGGCGGAAAGGGCAUUGUAUUGGGACUGUAUGAGAAGGAGAGCGGUAAAGGACCAAGACUGACGCCCUCGGGCGAGAAGUUUGAUGAUCGCGUUCAGGGAAAGUUGUCAGAGCUGAUAUGCGAAACAAAGAUUACAGGACGACUGGGACGUGGUAAGGUGUUCAACAAUGUAGACGCUGACUUCCGAUCCAUUUGCAUUGUGGGUCUGGGCCUCGAGGGCAUAGCCUUCAAUGAGCUGGAGAUGCUGGACGAAGGAAUGGAAAAUGUUCGCGUCGCCGCUGGCAUCGGGGCCCAUUCAUUGCAGACAAUGAAGUGCAUUGAGGUGCACGUCGACAACAUGGACUACCCCGAGCAGGCGGCCGAAGGUGCCGCCCUAUCAAUAUGGCGGUACGACGAGAACCUAUCGAAGAAAUAUCGGCAAAUUGUGCCCAAGCUGGAGCUGCACGGCUCGCCUGAUAUGGACGCAUGGACUCGUGGUUUGUUCAAGGCAGAGGCGCAGAAUCUGGCUAGACGAUUGUCGGAUGCCCCGGCCAACUGCAUGACGCCCACCAUCUUUGCACAGGCCGCUGUGGAUGCACUUUGUCCUUGCGGCAUCACCGUCGAAGUUCGUACCAUGGAGUGGAUUGAGCAGCAGCGUCUCAACUCUUUCCUCAUGAUAGCCAAGGGCUCAUGUGAGCCGCCUGUUCUGCUCGAGAUUGCCUAUUGUGGUACAGCACCAGAGGACAAGCCUAUCCUUCUGGUGGGCCAAGGCAUCACAUUUAAUUCAGGCGGCAUCAAUCUUCGCGAUUGCGAUGGCAUGGACGAGUUCCGCGGUGAUCUGCAAGGUGCUGCUGUCAUCCUGGCGUCAAUGCGCGCGGCCGCUGCGCUGUCGCUGCCAAUCAACAUAACCGCCAUCCUGCCUCUGUGCGAGAACCUUCCGUCCGGCAUGUCGUGCAAGCCGGGCGAUGUCGUCACCCUGCUCAAUGCCAAAUCAAUGGCCGUACGGAAUGUGAGCCGGACUGGCGUCGUUGUCAUAGCCGAUCCCAUGUUGUAUGGCCAACUAACAUACAAGCCAAGACUUGUCGUGGAUGUCGGCUCCAUGUGUUCAGGAAUUAAGAAAGCUGUUGGCGGCGGGGCCACUGGUAUUUGGUCGAACUCUCACUAUAUUUGGAAGCAGUUCCAAAGAGCCGGCUCUCUAACUGGCGAUCGACUGUGGCGUUUUCCCCUGUGGAGAUUCUACAAAAAUCGCGUGGCUGAUUGUCUGAGUUACGACUUGAUGAAUGACGGCUGUGGCGAGGCGUCAUCCUGUUUGGCGGCUGCCGUUCUGCAUGAGCUGGUACCUUGCAGUGAUUGGGCGCAUCUGGACACAUUUGGAACCGGACUACUGAGCAAGUACGGCCUCAUUCCCUAUUUGGCCGCCGGACGCAUGACUGGGCGACCGACUCGUACACUAGUCCAGUUUCUUUACCAAAUGGCUUGCCCCGAGCAAGCCAAGUAGUUGGGUCUCCCUAUGUAUAUGCUAUUUUCGACUAGGAUUGCAGCCUAUCCAGGACCUAUUGGGAACAGAAUUCCCAACAAAUCAUUGGGCUGUAAAGACAGUAAACUAUUUAUUUUUUCGAUUAUGUAUCUGUAAGCGAUUGAAAAAUUUGAAACGCUUGAACAGGAAUUUACUACCUUCGUGAUAGUGAUGCUCCAGAACAAAGGUUAUUUUUAGGAUUUCAGAUAGUUUUAAUGUUAGCCCCACCACGAUUUUACCUCAGAUACUCUUGUACACCGCGUACUGAUUUUGGCACACGACCAGAGCUUACAAAUUGUAUGUGAGCAAAAUUGAUUUGUCACCAAAAAUUAUAUUAAUUUAACAGUCAAAUGAAAUUAAAUGUUAAAAGUAUGUUUCUCUAAA